UCGGCGAACAUUUGUUCCGCACCUCGACGACGUCAAAACAGGAAGAAGAAAAAAACAAGAUGGCGUUUGACGGAGAAGACGUUGUCGUCGUUAUUACAGUUCGUCGAUCGUAAUCGUAAACGUACAUGUACACAUAUACGUCGUUUAAUAGAGUAGACAUCUUUGAUGAUUGUUUGUAUCCUGAUACAUUAGUCUGAGCGCACUUUGAAGUCAUAGACACAGUGUGAGUGUAAAGUGUUGUGGUCGUGUGAAAAUGUCUAAAUUACAAAUGUUGAGGGCGUUGGUGAAUCAGCGACUAACUGCCGCUGUUGAAGAAAUAUUUGAGGUGUUUGAAAGAACGAUAGCAGAGUACGAAGACGAACUUUCGAGAACAAAAGAGGAGAAGGAGCGACAACGUCAACUACUGGACGCUGUUUUCAAGAAACAUCAAGUUGUGUCACACAAAACAGAUGUCUGUGAAGAACAUCUUCUACCUGAGCAGCAAGAGUGGAACUUGGGGGUAGAGCAGGAGGACCCACAGCCCUUCAGCAUUAAAGAGGAAGAAGAGGCGCCACAGACACUGCAAAUUAAAAAGGAAGAGGAGGACCCACUGACCCCUCUUUUGGAAGAGGAGGGACUCGGCAUCAGUCGGGAGGGAGAGUAUCUUGAAGGACUGGAGGAGGUUGAUGUCACCAAGAUGCCAGUGACUGGUGUCCCUGUGAAGAGGGAAGAUGAUGAGGUCAAAGGUGAAAGUGAGGAGAAGAGAGAGGCGGAGCCUCCAAGCAGCAGCUCAACUCAACACAUGACAACAGAAGCUGAUGGAGACCACUGUGGAGGAUCACAAGCAGACAAGCUCUUAGCUCCACUAUCAGAUAGUGACAUUGACGCUAAGGAUGAAGACUCUAAAGAUGAUAAGACAUGUCACACUGACAACACACGCUUCAAAUGUUCUUACUGUGAGAAAGCUUUUAAACACCGUUGGAGUCUGAAAAUACACACGAGGAUACACACCGGAGAAAAACCUUUUUCCUGUUCAGUUUGCGGUAAAAGUUUUGCACAAAGGGCAUAUUUGAAAGUACACAUGAGUACACACACUGGAGAAAAACCUUUUAUUUGCUCAGAAUGCGGCAAAGGUUUUGCAACUAAAAGUGCGCUGAAAGGACACACGAGAACACACACUGGGGAAAAGCGUUUUUUUUGUUCAUUCUGUGCAAAGGGUUUUGCACAUAAAAGUGUGCUGGAAGAACAUAUAAGAGUACACACUGGAGAAAAACCGUGUGCCUGUUCAAUCUGUGGUAAAUGUUUUGUACAUCGUAACUCUUUAAAAGUACACAUUAGAACGCACACAGGAGAAAAACCUUUUACAUGCUCAAUCUGUGGUAAAGGUUUUGUCGAAAGUACAAACUUGAAAGUACACACAAGAACACACACCGGAGAAAGACCUUUUUCCUGUUCAAUCUGUGGCAAAGAUUUUACUCAAAGGAACCAUUUGAAAGCACACAUGAGAACACACUGGUGAACAACCAUAUUAAUGUACAAGCUGCAACAAACGUUUUUGUCACCUAACCGAACUUGGAAAAACACACACAGGAGAGAAAGUGUUGAGUUGCAGUGUGUGUGGUGAAAGAUUCUCUUCUAAGUACCAGUGUAAGAAACACAAGUGUGCUGGUGAGAACAGCAGCAGCAAAUGAAGAUGCAGGAUUUGAAAUAAACUGUCAAAACUUUGCUAACUUUGACUUUCUAACAUCAGCACAAAAAACAUGUGUGACAUCAUUGUUGUGUGUGUAACACUAUCUUGUUAAUAUGCUUCUACAAUUUAUAUAUUAAAUAUUUUAGAUUGAUGCUUUUUUCAGUCAAGUCCACGUUAAUAUACAACAUUGUGUGUUUUAAUUUAAAAAAUGUACUAAACAAUUAGACUGAAAAUGUGAAAGUAAACAGUACAAAACAUACAAUAAACAUUUUAAGUGUAUGUCG